UUGACUUUUUUUGUUUAAACUUGAGUGUCAUACACAAAGUGUAUCCCACCCACUGACUGGGAUCCCACCACUAGUGUGUUGUCACGAUACCAGAAUUUCUUUCGAUACCAGGUUUAGUAGCACGAUACUCGAUACAUCAUGAUACUCGAUACCAAAACGAUACCACGGCAAAAAAAACGUAUUAGCCAUAGCCAAAAUCACAGAAUGGCACUUGAUCCAAACAGAUAAACUCAGCUUGGACAUUUUGAGUUAAUUAUCAUUACAUUUAAAUUUGAUGUCAACAUUUUUCAGAUUCAGCCAUGUAUGCAUUAAUGAACAAAUUGUACAAUCAUACAAUUAAUUUGACUUUGUAUUUACCAAUCUAACUACAUAACGGUAUUAAUGUCUUUGAAUGGCAAUUCUCUAUUGAUAAACAUGGUAAAUCAAGAUGGCCUAGGCAGCCUAUUCACAAUACAGGUGAAUGCAUAUUCAAUCAGUAAGUGCAUACAUUGAGUUAUUGUGCUUGUUUUCACUGAUUUCAUGUGGCUACAGAUGACAAUCUGGUUCCCAUCCAUUUGGGACUUAUUUUAUUGUACUGAUCAACAUUUGCAAUCUCUUCUUUAUAAAAUCCAGUAAUGAAGUCAUUCAUGACGAGGCAUAUGCCCACACAGGAGUGUUUUGAGGGAGACGUGACAGAUGGUUGGAAAGUAUCUUUGGAUGUGAUGCAGAGAAGAUUAAGUGAAUUAAUAACGCUUUUGGUGACGAUCGGCUUUGAAAUCAGCAUAUUUUGUGUUAUGGUUUGCAUAUCACAAACAAAGUACUAGGGUCGUGAAUUGAUUGAUGUUAGCUUCAGCUGUAAGCUAGCAAGGAAAGUUUGCCUACAAUUAAAACUGGAAGCUACCAGUAUCUUCUUGCAUUGUAAAAGGUUUCUAGCCUGUAUGGACAUUGUUUUGCGAAGAGUUUCAACAUUUCUACAUGCCGUGUUGCAUUAUUCAAGCUUGUUAUCUUCUGUGCAGCAUGAGUGGGGAGCUAGCAAUGAGUAAAUGGAGCAGGCAAGAGGCAUGAAAGGUGCGCUCACGCCAUAAGGGGACAUCGGCUGCGCUGAUACAGACUUCAUCCUCUCAAUCAGUAUACGAUGUGAGACACAUUUGACAGAAGUACAGAAAGUAACAAAUUCUAGUACCAAACCAUUUUUCAUGUUCUAGUAUCGAAGUUUCGGUAUACCGUGCAACACCACUACAGAGUUACAACCAAAGAGGGUGAUCAACCAAUGAGCAUUCUCAUUGGUUGAGCAUUCUGUUCUAAGUGGAUAAUCUGCUCAAUAUGUCAUUCAAUAACAGUCAAUCCCUCCUAUCAAUAUCUAGUGGCAAGUGAAUUGACACUGCACUGUUUGCUUAUUAUGAAAUGAAGGUAAUGCAAUAGUUUUUGGUCCAGACCAGCAGACACCUCUGUUUAUGUUCCUUUCAGGAUGUCCAAAAUUGAGCGUCUGAAUGCCCGUGUGGCGAAGCUGCUGACGGUGGCAGUGCAUGAGGUUCUGGAGGUGGUGAAAGAGACUGUAUCAGAGUACCAGGAGAAAACAGCCAGAACUCAAAGAGAGAAUGAGAGUCUGAGGAGAAGACUGCAGGAAAUGCAGGACAAGAUGAAGAGAGAGAACACAGCUGCUAAACUUGCAACAUUUCUUGCGACUGGUGGCUGUGGAAGAGCGGCCAUCGAGAAACCGUCAGAGCAGGGUUGGAGCCCUAGUCUGAGACAGGACAGCCCAGAGCCCACACAGGUAGACGAGAAACCAGCACUCACCUUCGAACAGACUGUGAGACUAAGGCAGGAGGAGGAGGGGUACAAUGCACUGGAGCUGGAUCAAACAGCAGACUAUGAGACAGAGUGUAACUUUACCCUAACCUUACCCGGGCAUCAUGAGAGGGUGGCACAGCAAUCAGAUGAAGCUGUUUCGGUCCACGUGCCUCAGGGUCUGAAAAAGGACUCACAUUCAGACUUGAAUAGCGCUUCUCAGGGAAACACCCAGCUUGGCAUCAAUCUGACUGUUAUCAAGACGGAACCCGAGCCCACCGAGUGCUCAGCACCUGAACCGCUGACUAUCCCGGAGACCUUUGAUUGUGUCGAUUUAAGCUGCAAUUCCACGCGCUACGACCCAACAACGAGUGCUCACAAGUCUCAUGUGAGCACAGGACCAUAUAAUGAACUCGUAUUCGUCCACUCGAGUCACAACAGCGUCGGGAGGAGGUUUGGGUUCGGGAAAAACAGCAGGGACGGGAGGAAACACCACAGGCAACACUUCAGGAGGGACGAGCCUCACAGCUGCUUCGUGUGCGGCAAGACGUUCAGCCGGGUGGGGAACCUGCGUAUCCACCAGCGCUGUCACACGGGCGAGAAACCCUACUGCUGCCUUCAGUGCGGCCGGUGUUUCAGUCAGGCCGGGGACCUCAAAAAGCACAAGAGGGUCCACACAGGGGAGAAGCCGUACUAUUGCGGCCAGUGCGGCAAGAGCUUCAGCCGCGGGGAAAACCUAAAGAGGCAUCAGAAGAUCCACAUCGGAGAGACCUUACACCUGCAGCAGGCGUGGAGAGAUCAACAGUCGAACUAGGCGUUCAAAGCAAUCUUUUGAGAAAAUACUAUAUGAAUGCACAUGCAGUGCUUGGUACUGAAAUUAACAUCAGAUCUGCAGUGCUAAAAAAGAAAAGUGAUUGGGUCAUACUCGUGGGUGGAUUGGCUGGUUUAUUCAGGUUAUCGAUUUUGUCAAUGGGUAACAUUUAUUUAGACCAUUAGUGGAUGGCAUACGUUUGAUCCACUGGAGUGUUCAUUAUUCAAUAGGCAAACCUCUUAUCACUCACUGGCUUUUGGAUAAGAGUGCCGUGUGAGCAACAAAAUAACGUUUUGUACACUGAAACAUUAUUUUUCUCCCUUGUACACAUACAGGAAAAGGCUUGGAUGUUGUGUGACAAAUAUUUUGCAUUACAACAUUGUGUUCAUGGUGAUUAAAGAGAGAAGUGAGUAAACUGA